AUGGAGGCGGCCACGCUGGGCGCGCUCAGUGCUGGCAAGCCCGUGGGCGGCAUCCGCAUCCAGCGCGAGGCGGGCACCACAGUGCGCACGGCCUCCUACCUGCCGCCCGACAGCCAGGUGUUCUGCCGCUACCUGUCGUCUCGCAAGGUGGCCCUUGUGGACUCAGGUGUGCGCAUGAAGGAGAGCGACCGCACCGCCUACCUCUUCCUGCCCGGCGGCCUGGGCACCAUGGACGAGCUGUUUGAGAUUCUGACGCUGGUGCAGCUGAAGAAGCUGGGCAGCAAGUACCCGGUGCCGGUUGUGCUGGUGGACUACGACGGCUUCUACGGCGGCCUGCUGCAGUUCCUGCGCGCCUGCGACACCAACGGCACGGUGGGCGCCCAGGAGCUCAAGGACCUAAUUGUCGCGCAGGACAAUGCGGGCGUGCUGGACGUGCUGCAGAACUACUACGGGGUGGGGCAGGGCGUGGGAGGGGGGCCCAGCCCCUCCAAGGUCUACCGCGCCUCCUCCUACAUCCGCCUGGGCGCGCAGGACGGCGCCGGCCUGUGA